AAUUUGAGCUUCGUACCUCUUAAGUCUUGGUUGUACUUCAUUCUCUGCCAUGUUCUCCAAAGCCCUUUUAGCUCAGUCAAGGACACUCUCUGUAUCUCUCAAGGCCCGUGCGUCACUUUCGCCGCUGGUUCUAUUACGCCAUGCCAGCCCCGGAAAACUCUCGAUGCCAUUGCAAUGGCAGCGGUCAUUGUCGACGUCGUUAGCGCUGCGUGAUGACGAGUCGUGGCCUAGCGACCGAAGCUCGAAGCCAAGAGGCUUUCGGAGAAAUGUUUCGCCUUCGGGAACACUUUACGUCGGAAACCUUCCAUACUCUGUCACUGAAGAUGAGCUGCGACAGUCUUUCGCAGAGUUCGGGGAGAUCGUGCGCGUAUCUUUGGGCACCUCGGCAGAGGGAAUGAGCCGUGGGUUCGGACACGUCCAAUUUGCCAAUGUGGAUGAUGCUAGUAAGGUCAUCAAGGCGGAUGAGGAGGACCCAAUAUUCAUCAUGAACCGCGACAUCUUCCUUGACCACGCUGCGGUCCAGGAGCAGCCUGUGCUUGAACCUUACCACACACUCUUCAUUCGCCCGUUCGGCGGUGCAGAGGACGACUUGCGCCAGGUAUUCACCGACUUUGAACAUUCCAUCGCGGAUGUGAGAAUAUUGAGGGAUAAAAUGACCGGCGAAUCAAGGGGAAGCGCGUUUGUGGAAUUUAAGAACGCCGAGACCGCUACAGAGGCGCUUGAGGCCCUGAAAGAUUAUAAGGACCCUUCAACGGGCAGAAAUAUGAUCCUCAAAUAUGCAAGACCUAACCGGAACGAAUCCGCCUCUGACCUCAAGGGCAGCCCAGACGGUAAAAAGCGGAGAUUCAAUCAGAGAGAGAAAGCUCCGCGUCGCAAAAACUCAUACGGCGGUGACUGGAAAGGUCCCCAGCGCACGGAGGAGUAUCGUGAUUGAUAGUGGAAUGGUGAUCAUCUAGAUUUAUCAUAACUAUAUCGUGGUACCCAUUUUCUGCAUGCUUGUUGGACGCGCAUAUUAUUAGCUCAUCGUUAAUCACAUCUCAUGGCAUUAUUCUGAUGCCUUCGCUUCUCUCUCAACUUUCUGACCUUGACGCCUUACAUCUCGUCCCUUCUAAAACUACACACCCACCCUUGCUCUAGACACCGCCUGUAAGUGGAC